AUGUCGGACACGCCACUGGCUCUCUCUAUUGUUGUCUCCUUCGGCGAACAGGAUUCACCUGAUCUACUGCAGCGGACUCUGCAGGCGAUUGUCGCCCAGGAGGGACGAGGGGAGAAGUUUUUUGCACGUGUUUCCGUCUGGUUCUGCGGCGGUCCAUCGGCCAUCAUGAAGGAGCUGAGCAGGGAAAGUUCGAUGAGAGCUGUGAAAGUCGUGGAAUCUUCUGCCUCGUUCCUGUGUGAUCUCCCGCGGUCUCUCGAGCUUCUGGAAGGACGGACGACAGGCACAGGCAGUUACGUAGUCAUGGUGCGCUGCGGGGUUUUCCUGAAGCCGCGGUGUCUAGCGUUUCUCUUGGACGAGAUAGACUCCGACGAAACGGGAGUUUUCACCGCCUGCGGGUUUCGCCUUUUCCCGCACGACAGGGUCUCCUCGCCGCUUACAGAGCUCAAGAAAAGAGUGCAUUUCGAGUUUUACUCAGAAUCUCGUCCUGGUAGAGCAGUGCAUGUAUUCACCCCUGACUUUUGCUGUUUAGGGAGGCCCGUACUAAAAAAAAUAGCUGAAAAGCACCACCAAGAUUUCGACGUGUCGAGCUUUCCUCACAUUUGGUGCUCGUUUGUGAUCACGUGCCACCUUGGCCUUCCCAUCUGGAAGAUGAAGAUGAGAGAGCAUCUGGACAUCUCUGCCCUCCCUCCUCUCUCCUCAUCACCUGUAGACAGCACCGUUUGUGACUCUGCGGCAUUUGACAACUUUUACCAGAUGUCGUACGACUCAGACUGGCCAAAAGGCGUAGCAGUGGUGCACUAUGAUCGGGAAAAACUGGAUUCCGGUCUCGCGAAUCGAGAGUCUUGUGGUGAAAUUUGGGCCAGGGGGUUCGCUGGAGUGAAUAUGCUCUCUGAGCCGGCGUCCCGCCUUGAUUUCCGUGCAGCCGUGAGUUGUGGAGUGAGAGUUAUUCGUGUAGGGGCAGUCGGAGGUGCCGAAGACCUCAUGUACCUUGUGGACCCACGCUCCACAUCGGAAACCCAAGACAGAGCUCACUUGCUCAAAGUUCUCCCGAGACUGAGACGCUCGCUGACCGAAAUCGGCUCUCACGGGCUGAAGGCGAUCGUGACGAUAGUAGACAUGCCUGGGUGCCCUUUUUUCUCGAUGCCCGACGACGCACCCAUGUUAUUUUGGGAGAGGAAGGAGCUCCGUUUGCGUGCGACGAAACUCUGGGGUCUCAUAGCCCAGAACCUGGUCGAUCUUCGCCAUCUGAUUAUGGGGUACGACCUCAUUAACGAGCCUUUCAAUCCAGAAGAUCGCGAAAUCUCGUUCGUUGAAGAAACUCCAGUGUCCCACGUUGACACUCUCAACAACUUUUACAGUGACACGGUUAACGAAAUUAGACUCUAUGACAGGGACACAGCGAUCAUUAUAAACCCUUCACGAUAUGCAAUGCCUACAGCAAUGAACACCCUCAAACCAAUCUCAGACCCUUACAUAAAGUACGGUGUCCACUGUUAUUUUCCUCCUCCUCUGACUCUGAGGAGAAACACAAGUCUACAAUACCCAGGAAUCGUGUCCGUAUUUUCCGACUGUAACUACCCCAAGAAGGUGACCGUUGAUCGCGAAUCCCUCCGUAGAAUCUUUGUCGACAACGUGGUAUCGUGGCAAGAAGAGCACAACGUUCCGUCGCACCAGAUUCUUGUGGCAGAGUUUGGAAUCUGUCGCGAGAUCCCCGGAGCUCAGGAAUACCUGAAAGACUUGGUGGAGAUUUUCGCCGAGUUUGGUUGGAGCUGGCUCCUGUUUUCCUUCAGAGACGAGGAGUGGGAUGCACUCGACUACGAGUUGGGUCCCCACAAGGCUAACAUGCUGCAUCGCUCUAACUGUGACAUGUUCAAGUCAAUAGCCGCACACUUUAGAUAA